AAGGAGAGAGAGAGAGAGAGAAAAGAAAAGAUCACAGAGCUGACCUUCAGUGCAUAAGCCAUUGUGUGAGCUGCAGCUGCGCUGAACUUUGACCCACACGACGCGUUCGUCUUUUGGCUCAAGUGUUAGUCACGGCAACGUGCCAGGACGGGCGCAGCCUACUUAAAAGCAGGCGACAGGCAACUGGCAGGCACCCAAUUGUUGCAGCCACAGGCACAGACAGUUGCCCUCUCACAACACCAACAACAACAAGUGGACAACAAUAGCAACAGCAACAGCAACGACGGUCCAAGCAAUUCAACCUAAAAACAACGCAAACAACAAAACCAAGGACAUGGACUCGUCGUCGUCGUGCACGCUGUUUGCCGUGUUUAUCUUCCUUGUGAUAAUUAAAGAAAGCUGUCAGGGACCACACGAGAAGCGCUUACUCAAUCACCUGCUUUCCACCUACAACACACUGGAGCGACCCGUUGCCAAUGAAUCGGAGCCACUGGAGGUGAAAUUCGGACUGACGCUACAGCAAAUCAUCGAUGUGGACGAAAAGAAUCAGAUUCUGACCACAAAUGCGUGGUUAAAUUUGGAAUGGAACGAUUACAAUUUGCGCUGGAACGAAACAGAAUAUGGCGGCGUUAAAGAUUUACGCAUCACUCCCAAUAAACUGUGGAAACCCGAUGUGCUUAUGUACAAUAGCGCGGAUGAGGGAUUCGAUGGCACGUAUCACACCAACAUUGUGGUCAAACAUAACGGCAGUUGUCUGUACGUGCCCCCUGGUAUCUUCAAGAGCACAUGCAAGAUAGACAUCACGUGGUUCCCAUUUGAUGACCAACAUUGCGAAAUGAAAUUCGGUAGUUGGACUUACGAUGGAAAUCAGUUGGAUUUGGUUUUGAAUUCCGAAGAUGGAGGGGAUCUUUCCGAUUUCAUAACAAAUGGCGAGUGGUACUUGCUUGCCAUGCCCGGAAAGAAGAAUACCAUAGUCUACCAGUGCUGCCCAGAACCAUAUGUCGAUAUCACCUUUACUAUACAAAUACGUCGACGUACUUUAUAUUAUUUUUUCAAUUUAAUUGUGCCAUGCGUGCUAAUAUCAUCAAUGGCCCUGCUGGGCUUCACAUUGCCGCCGGAUUCGGGCGAAAAAUUAACACUGGGCGUAACUAUACUACUAUCAUUAACAGUAUUUCUAAACCUUGUUGCUGAGUCAAUGCCGACAACGUCGGAUGCUGUUCCUCUUAUAGGUGUUACAAUUCUGCUGUCGCAAACAGUUUUCUCUUUACUGGUCGGCAAUGUCAUAACAAAGACGAGCGAGGCCGUACCGCUGCUAGGUACAUAUUUCAAUUGUAUCAUGUUCAUGGUUGCAUCGUCUGUGGUGCUCACGGUUGUGGUGCUUAACUAUCAUCAUCGCACAGCGGAUAUACAUGAGAUGCCACCGUGGAUUAAAUCCGUUUUUCUACAAUGGCUGCCCUGGAUACUGCGCAUGGGUCGACCUGGUCGCAAGAUCACGCGCAAAUCAAUAUUAUUAAGCAAUCGCAUGAAAGAGCUGGAAUUGAAGGAACGUUCCUCCAAAUCCUUAUUAGCCAAUGUCCUCGAUAUCGAUGACGAUUUCCGUCAUACAAUAUCAGGGUCACAAACCGCCAUCGGUUCGUCAGCUAGCUUUGGCCGACCCACAACGGUGGAGGAGCAUCAUACUGCAAUCGGCUGCAAUCACAAAGAUUUACACUUAAUUCUUAAAGAAUUGCAAUUUAUUACGGCGCGCAUGCGCAAAGCAGACGACGAAGCGGAAUUAAUAAGUGAUUGGAAGUUCGCUGCAAUGGUUGUGGAUAGAUUUUGUUUAAUUGUUUUUACCCUCUUUACGAUUAUUGCAACGGUAACCGUGCUGCUCUCAGCUCCGCACAUAAUCGUGCAAUAAGGCCGCUCAAUUUAGACACGUUAAGCUUCACACAAACAAACAUCCACACACACACACACAUACACACA